UGUUCUUUUACUGAUCAGAACACCAAAUGUUUUGAUGGAGCUCAUCUAGGCAGCAAGAGUUAAUUGAUGUUAAUAGUGUUGUUUUUGCUGUGAGUUGCUGUUUGUGUCUGAUUUUCUAAGGAGGAAGAAGUUCAGCUUGACUGCAGUCGAGAACAUGGGAAGACUUCUGCUGCUGCACUUGAUUUUUCAUGACUAUUUUUCUUCUUUUCAAAUCCUGGUAGUAACCUUUAAUCAAAACAGUGGCAUCCUGUUUAGUGGUACUUGGACAUGGUCAGUAACAAUGCCAAGGAGUAUUAAAGGCCUAUACGGUUCCUGCUUGGUUAUACCAUGUAGUUACUCCUACGACUCAGAUCCACCUACAAACCCUCAUCGAGUCGUGUGGUAUCAGUAUGUUAGUCGUGGAUACCCUUUAGUGUAUGAUAGUUGGUACCCUGGAUCAGUGAUUGACAAGUUCAGAGGAAAAACCAGUUUAUAUGGAAGCCCAUUCUGGAGGAGCUGCAGCCUCCUGAUUGAGCACCUUGAUCAAUCCCACCAUGGAGAAAAACUUUAUGCCUGGAUAGACCCGGAAAAUGUUGGAUACAGAUUCUAUGAUGUUACCAGUACGAUUUAUAUUGAAACAUCAGCACAACCACCCAGCAUUGACAUUUAUGGAGGAAACCAAAUUGGGGAAACUGUCACUGUUCAGUGCAGCACAUACCACACCUGCCCUUACAGAAAUCCCACUCUGACUCUGAGCGGGAUAGAAGGAACUGAUGACAGCCCAGAACACACAGACAUUGGAAGUGGCACCUGGAAAAUCACACUGAUACGCACAGGGAUUGUUACGUCUGUUAAUUACAGAGUUGACUGUGUGGUCAGACAUCCUGGUGGCCUCUCAGCUUCAGCUACUAAAACACACACUGCGACAUGUCCCAUUUACACACCCCAGAUUACACCUGAUUCCAGCACAGAGUUUCUUGAGGGAGUGGAAACAGACAUUGUUUGCUCGGUUAUGUACAAGUGCCCCGGAGAUCAACCUUACAUCACCUGGAAUGGUGGACAGUUACCUGGCAGCAUGCUUCUUGUACCAGGAGCACAACAGGAAGCUAGAUCAACACUAAAAUUCACUGCAAGGGCUACUGACCAUAGGAAAGUCCUUACCUGCUUCGUAGAAUUUAAAGGAAGUGUUCAAACAGUCAGAAUUACUUUAAAAGUGAAGCAUAAGUAAAAAACUUAACAUUAUUCAACAUGGACCUAGUACAGUUAGUGUGUUAACUUUCAGCUAGUAUGUUAUCUUGUGGGUACAAUGGCAUAUCCACUUCUCUUUUCACACAGCACCAUUCUCUGUCAUUCACUAGAGCUAGAAAAAACAGCUAAUUUCAGUGCUAUGGUUAUUAAGUUGAACUGAGAUGAAUAUACCUUUAUGUAAAAAAGAGCUUUAAUACUACAGAAAUUUAAACAGAACUGCUAUAAGAAUCUUACAGUAAUUAAUCAGUUACAAUUACAAUAGUUUACUUUAGGAUACUACACUUAGGUAAAUAAGUAAAAAGUAUAUAUAUAAAAAUAUUACACAGCACUAUUUAAUUUGUACAGUUUAUUCUAACAUUACUACAGCUCUUUUUAAGGUAAUAACAUAUGCCACAAUAUCCAUAAAGCUGAAUGUGUGGGUGCAGUUCUGACAUGCUACUAGAGGUGAACUCAAAAAGGAGAUGAAGGCGCAGGUCUGAAGUCAGAGCAAUGGCGUAGGGAAGAAGUAAGACUUGUUCAACUUAACACAGCACUGGUUAGACCAAUAUCUGCCUGGCUCAGUUUGGUGCUUGCUGUAGCAGCUGCAGUUUUCAAAGCCAGUUGCAGCAGUUGCUUAACCAACACAGAUGAAAGCAACGCAUCGUACUUUGUCUUUGCAUCAUGCUACUUUUUGGGUGAAAGCAGCCCCUCCAAUUUGACUGGCACAAAUCCUGUAUUAUUUACUUUUGCAUAGGACUAAAAACAAUUCUACUUUUUAUUGUAGAUUACUUUAAAGUUACAUGUUUCAUAAAUGUUUUGAUUAGUUAUCCCAGUCUGAUGCAUAAAACAAUUAUUUUAAAUGUUUGAAUAUUAAUCUAUGAAGUGUAAUACAAAUACAUUCUUUUUUCCAAAGCAAUCACCUGGCAGCCCUAAAAUACAGCCUGCUGAAUGAUGGGUCCUUUGCCCACUUCUAUAAUGCCACAUUAUAGUGUGGGAGCUGAUGCUUUUCAAGCUUCAUUUGCUGUAAUCGAAGGCAUCUUGAACAAACAAAAAGACCUCUUGAACAGGAAAACAUCUGAAUAGGCCAAAUAAAAACUAAUUAAAAGAAAAAUGGUUUGAUUAUAUUAAUAAUAAACUGCAAUACAAUAAUCUUUAUUCUAUUCUUUCUUUGUCUGAUCAUGCAAGCAUGCUUAACACAUAUCACGUGCUAUUCUUCAUGUUUAAAAAAAUAUCCUUACACUUUUCAUGUAAACAUAAAUAAAUGAAUAAAUAAAAUGAGAUAAAUGUACAUCUGGACCCUCAUUAAACAAUACAUGCUUUAAAGUUCAUAGGACUUUUUCCCAGCAGAGAAGUGGAAGUGUAUAGUCGUGUUUGUUA